AACAGCAACUCUGGAAGGGAAUUAAAUUCAAUGAAGUGAACAUUAGUGUGCUCUCAUUCAAAAUGAGUGGUUCAGUAUCACCAGGCAUUAGUAGGAGAAAUCCCCAAGAUGAAUAUGAACUCGUUCAGCGGAUAGGUAGCGGCACUUAUGGUGAUGUCUACAAAGCAAAGAGACUGGUCACCACUGAAUGGGCUGCUAUUAAAGUAAUCAAACUAGAGCCAGGUGAUGAUUUCACAAUCAUUCAGCAGGAAAUUUUGAUGAUGAAAGACUGCCAGCAUCCCAAUAUAGUGGCAUAUUAUGGGAGCUAUUUACGCAGGGACAAGCUUUGGAUUUGCAUGGAAUACUGUGGAGGUGGAUCCCUGCAAGACAUUUAUCAUAUAUCAGGUCCAUUGACAGAAAGCCAAAUUGCUUUAAUGUCUAAAGAAACCUUACAAGGAUUGGCUUAUCUUCACUCUCGCGGGAAAAUGCACAGAGAUGUCAAAGGAGCAAAUAUUCUCUUGACUGAUAACGGUGACGUCAAACUAGCCGAUUUUGGUGUGUCUGCUCAGAUCACUGCCACUUUAGGGAAACGAAGGUCCUUCAUAGGAACGCCCUACUGGAUGGCCCCAGAGGUGGCUGCUGUGGAGAGGAAAGGAGGCUACGAUCAGCAGUGCGACAUUUGGGCUGUAGGAAUUACUGCCAUCGAAUUGGCUGAAUUACAACCGCCCAUGUUCGAUCUGCAUCCCAUGAGAGCUCUUUUCCUCAUGUCCAAAAGUGGGUUCAAACCACCCGUUCUGAAAGAGAAAGCCAAAUGGUCAGCAGACUUCCAUAACUUUGUCAAAGUCGCAUUGACAAAGAAUCCUAAAAAGCGACCGCCGGCCAUACGUCUCUUGCAACACCCUUUUCUUCAGGGAAACCAUUUGAAUCGUCGGUUGGCGAUGGAAUUGCUGCAACAGGUUCAAAGCCCACACACACCCCAACGUUCAGAUAGCUUGACCGAAGCGGAUGAAGACUUGGCCAUCGGUGCAGCUCCGCAACGCAUAGCCUCGAGGCGAACGAAAUCGGAGCUCUUUAAAGAUGACGUAGGGCUUGAUUCCUCGGGCGCUUCCGGUUCGGCGGCCGAAGAAGUUUGGCCGAAUUCUAACGGAGGGGCAAACCACUACGACGUCGCAUCCGCAUGGAUGGAUAACGAUGCCGCAAACGAAGAACUUCACAGGACCUUAUUGCAGAACAUUGAGGAGGAACUCAAGGCAAGAGGCUUAGCAACUAGUCCUCCGCUGGAUCCAUACUCUUCGCAAGCGACGUUGCCCAUGUCCUCGUCACAUGAGAUAACCACCACCGAAUUAGAGGACAAAACUGCGACGCUAACGUUGGACGGCGCCGAAGAAGCGGAUCGAUGGUUGCGGGACAAUGGAGUUUUGCCUAUGGACAGCGGGGUGAGCGCUGCUCCGGUCGUGGCAUCGGAAACGGAUCCAUCGAUUCCGUCACGCCCUCCCAGGAGGAGAGAGCGCAAGAAGAGUACCCCGCCGUCACCGAAAUUGACCAGCAAUGGUCUUCCACCUACGCCCAAAGUUCACAUGGGCGCUUGUUUUUCAAAAGUCUUCAAUGGAUGCCCUCUCGGCAUUCACGGAACGGCCACUUGGAUUCACCCAGAAACGCGUGACCAGCACAUUCUCAUCGCCGCCGAAGAGGGUCUCUACACGCUUAACCUCAAUCAGUUGCACGAUGCGUAUGUUCACCUGCUUUACCCUCGUCGCACAAUUUGGAUGGUCGUUGUUAAAGACGUCCUAAUGACUUUAUCGGGGAAAACUCCGCACUUGUAUCGCCAUGAACUGAUUGCCUUGUUUAGUCAAGCUCAUGCCCGACAUGGAAAUCGCUUCCCACUUGAUCGCUUGCUAGUCCCUCGUCGCUUGUCACCAUCGCAGCGUGUGCCGGAGACAAGAAACUGCCUUCGAGCUUGUGUUGGCAAGAAUCCGUAUAACGGAUAUCGCUACUUGUGUGCCGCAACGCCAAAUGGCAUCUUUUUGAUGCAGUGGUACGAUCCACUCAACAAGUUUAUGCUUCUCAAGCACUAUGAAUGCCGCUUACCACAUCCGCUUACAGAAUUUGAAAUGUUGAUGAGUCCGGACAUGGAAUAUCCGCUUUUGUGUGUCGGUGUACGGAGAGGAUAUUCAUCUGAUUUGCGUCUUAACGUUGUAAGAUUGACGGCUACGGAAGCUUUCUUAGAUGACGGCAGUGUACCGGAAGAUAUUGAUGGUUUGGCGACGGUUUUGCCCAACCGAGAAGCAAUGGAUGUAGUGUGCGUUACUCCAUUGGAUAAAGAGUCUAUUCUAGUAGCUCAUGACUCAAUUGUUCAAGUGGUCGAUAUGCAGGGACAGGCUACUAAAAUGCGCUCGAUGAAAAGCAGCGCUCCUAUCAAAUUUAGCUUCCGCAUCGAAGCUGUUGUUUGCCUGUCUGACAGUAUUUUAGCUUUCCAUCGCCAUGGAAUGCAGGGACGAUCACUUCGCGAUGGAACAGUCACGCAAGAGAUAACGGAUCAGUCAAGAAUAUAUCGACUUCUUGGAUCAGACAAAGUCGUUGUACUCUCGAGUCGCUCAAGUUAUCAAGACGGAAGUACUGGUGAUGAAGGAGUCAAUUUACAUGUCCUAACAGGCCACGAAGCCACCUACUGAUUUCUAUUCAACUCUUUCCUCUUCUUGUAUGUCUUCUCUCUUUUUCAUUUCUUUUGAAAAUUCGGAAGUUUUUAGAGACAUCCUGGUCUAACCAGGUGGAUCAGUUAAUGAUCUGUAGCACAAGUUAUUGUACAUAUAUAUAUGUUGAGUCAUCAAGGGAAAUUGGUUGAACAAUGUACAUUCCGUAGUCCAAUAUUUUUUCUGUCCUCCCCCUCCAUCUUUUUGUAUCUGUGUAAAAAAAAAAAAAACAGGAAUGGGAGUAAUCGACGUUUUGGGAAGUUCCACAUCUUCGUACCGAGCUGGAAAUCAUUUAAGUCAAAAAGCCUGAAUAAAUUCGUCUUCGUUACAAA